GUCAGGCCGUCGCAUCGUCGGUGUGUGUGUAGUCUCAUAUAGUCACCUAUAGUAUAGUUAGGUAUACAAGCCAUAUCACAGUGCAGGACAAGCCCGUGCCACGGGCUCGACGGCAGUGUCUGUGCUCGUCGUUUUGCUUCUAGAUGUCAUGUGAGAAGAUGUCGCGGAAGCUCCAAAAGUUCCUCAUUCUUUUGGACAACGAAAGUUUACUCUAUUUUCCGGGAUCGUUUCUGACUGGCAAAGUGCUUGUGGAGCUCGAUGAGGAUACCCCUGUUACAGGGCUGUACUUCCACAUUGUGGGAGAGGGCAUCGUGCGCCUCACGGACAAGGCCAAGGUGAGCUCCAACGACAAGGAAAACUACAUAGACUUUCGAAUGAGGCUGCUAGGAGAGAACACUCCGAAAGGCGGCACUCCGCGGGUGAUCUUCCUGUCCCCAGGCAUCCAUUCGUUCCCGUUCAAACUGGGUCUUCCACUGGGAUUACCUUCUACGUUUCUGGGAAAACACGGUUGGGUGCAAUACUUCUGCAAAGCGGCGCUCAAGGAACCAGGAGGACUCACGCACAAGAACCAGCAAGUGUUUAUAGUCAUGAGCCCCAUAGACCUCAACUUGGAACCAAACCUGCUCACACAACCUUUCCAUUGUGAGGUAGAAGAAACCCUCGGGGUUCCGUGUCUCACUUCAGGUCGCCUCGUUUGUCGUGUGAGGCUAGACAAAGGAGGCUACGUCCCUGGAGAGAGCAUCAACAUCUAUGCCACCAUCGAGAACCUGAGCAGAGUCACCAUCAGGAAAACACGGGCAGUACUAACCGAGACCAUUCAGUACACCGCGAAGAACAAGGUUGUUCAAGCCGAGACGCGAGAAUUGGCCUCCUUGGAGAAAGGUCGAGUGGAUCCCGGGGUCUCGGACCAGUGGCGGAACGAGAUGUUGUACAUCCCACCGCUUCCGCCAACGAACCUGAGAGGUUGCCAUCUCAUCAGGAUACAAUACGACGUUUACUUCGUGUUGACCCCGAAGGGCCCAGACCGGGAAAUCAAGCUGCAGCUUCCAAUCAUGAUGGCAACGUACCCGAUCCGGAAUAGCGAUGGAACAUUGCAAAGGAAAAAGGGGACCCACUUCCCUUCUACACUGCCGGUCUUCAGGCCGUGGCUUAACGGGGAUAAGUUUAAAGGGUGAAACAAUACGUGUGAACUGCAAAAAGAAGAACACGAGUGAAGGUUUCGGCCAGCUGGUUGCUCACUAUACUUGUGAAUGUCAGUGAAAGUAAGACAUCCUGAAUGUUCAUGAUGGCAGCAUAAAUAUGUGAAGAUCGAUAUAUACUAAGCUAACAUAACGUUGUCGGGAGUGAACAGACACAGGAAAGGCUGUUUGUAUGCUUCGUCGAGUGCUGUGCCAAGCAGUGCGUAGGGUGCCUGAAUGUUAGAUGGCGCUAGUAUUCAUGAACCCUUGCAUUACAUUCCUCUAUGCAAGCUCUAUUGGACGUUCGAAGGAGUGCGAGAGGUACCCUAGAGGUGCGGAGGAGACCUUUUAUCACAAAAUUUGCGAUCAUACGUUGGUUCGUACUCGUGCAUUCGCUAUUGUUGCUGGAGGGGCGAAACGAAAAUGAAAAAGAGCGCCGGCGCGUUCAUAACGUCGACCACAGUGUCAAGAAGACAAAAAGUCCAUGGACUUCUUUUAUUUUCAUCGAAUUUAUUUUUAACUUAGGGACCCUCAAUGAGUUAUGAGAGUCACGUGCAGAUGUAACCCUCGAAUACAUUCACAAUGUAUUUACUUAAUCGAGGCCAAAGUUAAGGAAGAACGGUUAAUGCGAGCUGGUACCUUUUAAGCUUUGAUAUUUAGUUCGUAACAUCGUACACGCAUUGCUCUGCGUGCUUUAACGUGCACUUGGAACACACUUCGGCAUCAACCUCUGAUUUGGAAGAGCAAGGGCCUUCGCCGUUCCCAUCGGUCUGCACAAGCACGUGACCUGUCCCCCGGCAGAUGUGCGCGGGAGCCCGCAACCUCACUGCCGGAGAUGUCUCCCGUAAUGUCAGUUUCGAUUGAAUUUCGGUAUUACUACUCUGUGGAAUGCCAGAUUCACAUGAACGCAAAAAGCGUCUGCUAUAUUUGCUUUUAUUUUAUUUUUAUUAAUUUAUUUCAAACAGUAACAACAAUGAAGUUGUGGAGGAGUCACCAUGGUGACUUUACGAGCGCGCCGUUCCCAUAUAUGACAGGCAACAAGUAGCAACAAUGUGACACGUUGAGAACACAUUAAUAAAUAUCUAUCCGGCAUAACACAAAGCGAAGACAAGGAAUGCCGCAGGCACUGACCACUAUGAGGUUUAUUUACACGACGUCACUCGCAGGGAGCGCGAUAGUCACUAGCGGAUUGGUCGCCGUGAUAGGUCCGGCGGUUCUAACCGGCCUGACUUUAGUCACCACCAUCACUGCCACCACCACUGUUCAUUUGCUGUUUAUGGGUUCUUGCACUGUAUGAACGUUAUUUGUACAAUAUCCCCGAAGUUUUCAUAUUUUCAACGUUAAUAACCUUCUAAAUAGCACAUAGUAGCGAACGAAAACCGAAACCGAACUUCGCCAGUCCUACGUUAUGGCGGCGAUCUCGCCUUUUCAAAGUGCCCUCUAGAGGAGUGACGUCUGUGAACAAACUAUAUACUAUGUGGAUCUGCGCUAGGGUCCGUGAAUACAGAAGGAGCAUUCGGAAUCCCAGACGGCACACACGGCCAACGCCACCUAGAAACAAACCCUGUCGAACAAUGUGACGUAACAAUUAAGAGUCCACCAAUUACGACCGCGCUUCAGCGGCCGUAACUAUGAAGACAAGCCGUCAUCAGCCGCAUAGGCAGCCACUGCAUAGCCACAAAAAGCCUGCCUUCGUCUGCGACGAUUGGCUGACAUCUUGACUUUAUAUGUCUACGUGCGAACGAAUGAGAGGAGGCAUAAACCAGGCCCUUCUGUAUCUAGGUGGCGUUGAUACAGAAACCCCUGUUAGGGAAGUUUCUUCGGAUUGGUCGCCAACAGAGUGACGUCACAUCCUGGUGCACGUAUCCUCUACUCUGCUUUCGCGAUGGCUGGGCCUAGCUACGGGUCGUAGCCUUGAUAUUACAAUUUUCGGCAACAGUACUUUCGAUGAUCAGGAUUGGACUGCAUUUCGGGGUUUCGUAAUGUGGUCUGUUUUUGCGUCUUCGAUUCUCCGCCGCUGAAGUGAGGUGUGUCUGCCACUGUCUCUGCACGCGCGCUACGCACGGGAGCAUACGACUACUAGCAGACAACGACUCCACCGGAAUCGCACUCACUUGUACUUCAGUCAACGGGACUGGCGUCGCGCAAACCCAGCAACGCACAGUUCACGUAGUGUAGAGGUCAGCGGUCUGAAAAUGCUGCUUGUGUGCGUCCUUCUUGUUUUCUAGACUCGAGUACAGUUCUUUAGGUAUGGAUAGAGUUCCACUUCGAGAACUGAAGAAGGUAUCGUAUGAGACUUCGUCGAGUAACACCGUGUCUUCUCCUCCUAGGGAUUUGUGAUUGGAUUUACUCUGUAAGGCAAGUUAACUAAUGCUUUGAGGAGCUUGCGAGGCAUGAAAACUGACAAGGUCCUUGCGCGAUAUUGCCGAGCUUUAUUAUCAGUACCUGAGAGGCUGACUGCCAGUAUCGCGCAAUAUCUUGUUAGGAUGCAAGUGGGAUUGUACCAAGUGAAUUUACAUGUUAAAGGUGUGUUGCGUGUUACGCAAAUUGACACGAGCAAAGAAUGUAUGAAAUAUUGCACACAGUUGGCUGUUAAUGGAAAUUUAUCUAAGCGUCUAUAAUAGAGCCUUUUAACAAUUGUCUCUGAAAGAAAGCUUGCAAGGCUUUAUCUGAACUAAAAUGAAGCAAUGGGUCCUGAUGUGCAUUGUCGGGUGAUGACCCUGAUGAAAGGUUCUCUUGCAGGUUAUUUAUUCAUUUUAAAAAUAAAGAAUGAUAAUGUCCUGUACAGACUUAUCGUGUGUUGUAGUAGUUUUCAUAUAAAUGUGACCGGUU